CCACCGACAAGAUGUGCAAGAGCACGCAGCGAACACGAAACCAAACCGAGGGUAGCCCGCGGCUGCAGGCAUCUGCCGGCUCCCCCAUCGCUCUUCGCUACCAAGAAAACGGCCAUGUGACUCUACCUUGGAAUCAACCGGGAAAGCCAAAGAAUCGAGGGACAAUCUACGUCUACGGAACUACCGAGCCAAAGGAGGAGGAGAACUUCCUGGACGUCUUCGAUUCCUGGAAUCGCGACGGUACGGGAGGGGAUCGACGCGGCGUUCUCUUGUCGAAGCAAAACUUUGAUGACGGCCGUUGCUAUCAGAUCAACAAUGGCAAUAUCUCCGAACAUCGUCAAGCCGUGUACCCCCACGUGGCGGACCAAUUGAUGGGCGCAGACUUGUGGUGUCAACAGGACAUCGCGCUACCAUCGAAUGCACCGACAGGCAAGCCGUAUACGCUCUACUGGGUCUGGAAUUGGCCCACGGCUCCUGGCGUGGACCCGUCACUCCCCAACGGCAAGCAGGAAAUCUAUACCACUUGCAUUGAUGUAGAUGUGGUCGAUAGCCCUACAACUCAUACGCACGUCCAGGAGGGAUAUGUGGAGGGCCAGUCCCUCGACAGCGCAGCCAUUCCGUCUGAGUUUGCCGAGGUGAUGGGAUCUAGCACUGAUGGUGCGGAGGCUGGAAGCAGUUCGGCGCCAAGUUUGACGACGCCCGCUCCGACGCCAACACCAACCUCAGUGGCGCCAUUUAAAGUUCUCACAUUGACGACAGUCAUCACGACACAUAUACCUUGGACUAGCAGUGCUGCCUUGGCUGGGAGCACUUGAUUGAAAAGACCUUGCUUUGGAUGUGGAUCCCUUGCGUUCCCAAUAGCUGGGGAUUUGGAAUGCAUUGUAUACCCUCCGAAGAGAUCGGAUUAGAUUUUACAUUCUCUUCUACCGCUCGAGGUAGGCGGGCCUAGCCGGGAUUGAUGGCAGUCACUCUUUGACCUUUGUUUGACUA